AUGCGUCUCACCACCUCAAUCACCCUCCUCGCCUCAACAGCCCUCCUCGUCCUGACAUCCGCCCAGGGCCAGAUCGCAUCCCUCGACUCGGCCGACAGCUACUGCUUCUUCCUCCCACCCAUGGUCGGGGGCGACAUUGCGGCUAACGAAGAUUCGGCGAUUGCCUUCUGUAACAAGGCUAACCCUAAGGCUCCUGGCGCCAAGGUCUUCCCUGAUGGCUUUGUUGCCUCGGUUCAUUGGGCUACCGGUGACAGCUGGGUGCAGGUCACUGGACAAAUCGACCCUUCGAAGUACAGCUUGAACCCUUGCGAUGCCGGCGGCCAAUACGACAUCCGCGCUCCAGUAGGAGCAAGCUGUGCGGGCUACAGUCACUUCGUGAACGUGAUCGAGCCCACUGACGGCCUCUACGCCAUGCGCUGCUGCCAGAACAGCGCCGAGUGCGUCGUGUCAAAGUCGACCUACGGCGUCCGUGUCAUUUUUGGAGAACAGUGGGAUUGGUCAGGCCCCCAUCCUGAUGGUCUCUUGCCGGCUGCUCAGGGUUGUGUGGAUGGACAGUUGCCCGGUGGUGGGAAUGGGACUGUUACGAGUGGUGUGCCCAGUGCGACUGCGACGGCGACUUCGAGUACUGCGACGCCUACGAUUGUGUCGCCUACUGCCACGGGUCCUGUGGUCAAUGGUACUGCCUCAUCGGGUGUUGUUGGCCCUACUUCGACUGGUGGUGCUGGAAACAACCCGACGCCUACUCCUGCUAGUGGUAACGCUGCUGUUGGCGCCAACAAGGCCGCUGUUGUUGUCUCUGCCCUCUUGGCCACCGCCAUCGGCCUCUUCAUGGCUUAA